AUGGAUGCUAACUUUCGUUUGAACAACAAAUUGACUCAUUCUAGUGACACGAAAGAUCCCAACCUUAGCGAUGGCUGCGCAUACAUGGCCUCGAGGAAGGAGUACAAUGCAUACCUCGACCAAUCUGAGAAGCACAAAGUUGAAGAACCGAGCGACUGCUCCAAAUUUGGGGCGCUGACGUUGGCCAAUAUGAAGGGCGGGAAGGGAAUGCAAUCUACGGGCAUUGCUGGGUGCUUCUGUGCACGUCAUGAGUUCGUGCAGCCCCUCGGUCUUGCUGUGCUAAAGCGAGGUGAACGGUAUAACACGAUGGACUGGGUAUUCUGUGGCGCACUAUCAUUCCUACGAUGCGCGGAGAUUACGGUCAGCUACGACAUUGCUUGCCAAUGGAGCAAGCGGAUCCACGAUAGACUAGCCAAGAUGCCCCCGGCUUGUCAGGUAUCCCCAGGCAUCGCACAGUUCUUCAAACACCACAUCGCAGGGACCAUCACUUAUGUGGUCCCGAAAUUCCACCUCUAUGCGCAUAAACUCUUUUGCCAACUACGAUUCGCUCUGGGCUUACUAUCUGGGACCGGCACGACAGAUGGAGAAGGCUGCGAGCGCAUAUGGUCUGGAGCAAAUCCCGCAGCGUCCAGCCUACGUGAAAUGGGCUCAGGAGGCAUGAGUGACACAAUGGACGAUAUGUGUAGCUCGUGGAACUGGAGAAAGAUCUGCGGUAUAUCUGAGCUCCUUCGCGAGCGUAUGCAACGGACACUUGAUGAUGCUAUCACGCAAACAAACAUAUUCACUUAUUUCACCGAAGCAAUCGAAGCGGAAGAGCCCGCGCGCAUAGCUCAAGCCCGGGCAGCAAUCAGAACGUGGGAGCAAGACUCAGAGAAGAAGGAGGGCACACCCUGCCCAUACUACGUGGAAAGUACAGUUUUGUCCGAAGCCGCUAUCAAACUGCAAUCGGAACUGGCAGAGGACUCACGCUCCGACACUGCGCAGCUGGACGCUGUGGAACAGGCGGCGUUCGCAGAUUUUCUGAUGCUCGGGAUCAAGAUCGAAGAGGCUAGAUCGCGAUUCACCGCAAAGCAUAGGAGCGACGGUGGCACUACUAAACAAGUCACGGAUAGAACCCACGACUUGAAUGCAAUCGCACGUGACAUUUCGAGCUUGCGCAGAGAGCAAGAGUACUUGAUGCCCGCCGUCUACGCGGCCCUUACAUCCGAAGAGCGCCAUCCGGAGCGUCGAACGGCCAUGACGAUGAAACUCUUUCUCCCCUCCGACCCUCCCGACGGUGACGUCAGUCUGACUCCGGCUGCUACGCGCACUGUGGAAGCCAGGGUGAGGUGGGAGUUGAUGCUGGACGAACUGAAUCAUCUGCGACAUCAAUUGCGCCUCAAAGGAUGCCUGAACAGGUUCAAGGCGCAGCAGAUUACUGGCCAACGGGACAACACGCGUGCUCGCGAGACGCAGGAAGCUGUGACAGCCAGAGUUAAGAGGGCAGCAAAUGCUUACCGGCGGCAUCGUGACGCUUAUGAAGCCCUGGUAGGGAAGGGUGACUGGGAAAAGACAAUGUGCAAGUUGAAGGACUCGGACUGCCGCGCCUUGGGUGACCGUCUUAUCGAGCAGGUGGAACAAAUGUCAGCGUCGAAUGCGCAGAAGUUCAUGCAAGGGAGGCGUGAGGCUGAUACGUCUGGCGAGACGCGAUAUGAGCUGCCCUGGUUUUGGUUCAAUCAAUUUGAGGAAGCAAGCGAUCGGAUCACAGAUGAAUUGAUGGUGGAAUGGUGUAAAAGUCGUGCUCGGGCGCAGCACAUGGUACAAGAGGUCCGCCUUCUUGAUGAAGAGAUGCGUCGCGUCGUGGAGUUCAGCGAGAAUAUGGCGAAGAUCUGGGACAAACGAUGUGAACCGGAGAAGAUGGAUUUUGGCGCAAAACACGCAUAUGCGACUGACCUGGGCUGGGUGGAUGGCGCUCGGGCGUACGCCCUUAAACAGGCUUGGAUCCGCCGUUCCCAGGCUACGAAGUGGCGCGCGGAGUUUGCGGAGUAUCGAGCGCUGGCGCAGCGUUUCCUCGUGUUGCAUACUUCGGAGGGCAUAUCGAUAAUGGCGCCUAAUCUGCCUACUGCGAUUCAAAUCGAGGGAGAGGCCGGCCAAGCGGGUGCGUCUGAACCCAUAGAAGAGCGGAUAGCAGUCGUGGAACCACGAGACCCUGCGGCUCUUGAAGGAGGUCACGACGAACGUGUGGUACCCUGCGGUCAAGAGACGCCACAACACGCAGGCGAGCGGGAACAGCGGGCUCGAGGAGGUGCUGCUGCCAGAAAUGCGGAAGUCUGA